AUAUGGCCUUAACCAGGAAGUAGGAAAUAUCAACAAUCAGGUUACACGAUCGCUUAGCUAGCCUUAACAUUUUUGAAAGGACAUUGUUUUUAUAUAUAUCUAUAUAGUUUAGAGGAUUUCUUUAUAUCAUUAUGUCCGUGUUUGGGAAGCUGUUUGGCGGUGGAGGCAAAGCCGGCAAAGGGCCAACUGCACAAGAAGCAAUUCAGAAACUCCGAGAAACAGAGGAAAUGUUAACGAAGAAACAGGAAUUUCUAGAGAAAAAGAUUGACCAUGAACUCACAACUGCAAAGAAAAACGGCACCAAAAACAAACGAGCGGCCCUGCAGGCCUUGAAAAGGAAGAAGCAGUAUGAGAAGCAGCUUGCCCAGAUUGAUGGCACGUUGUCCACCAUUGAGUUCCAGAGAGAGGCGCUGGAAAAUGCCAACACCAACACUGAAGUGCUCAAGAACAUGGGCUUUGCCGCCAAGGCAAUGAAGUCUGCCCAUGAAAACAUGGACAUAGACAAAGUAGAUGAUUUAAUGCAAGACAUCACAGAGCAGCAGGAGCUGGCGCAGGAGAUCUCUGAUGCCAUUUCCAAACCUGUAGGCUUUGGAGAGGAGUUUGAUGAGGAUGAACUCCUGGCAGAGUUGGAUGAGCUGGAACAAGAGGAAUUGGACAAGCACUUGCUUGAAAUUGGUGGUUCAGAAAAUGUCCCUCUACCCAAUGUGCCUUCUACUUCAUUACCCUCCAGACAUGUCAAGAAGAAGGAGGAUGAAGAUGAGGAUGACAUGAAUGACUUACAGCGCUGGGCGAUGGAGGCCUUGUAGUCACAUUAUUGACUCCCCCUGCAGUAGAAGAAAAGAAGGGACUUAUUUAGUAUUAAAACGGUUGUUUUGUGUCCAAGGAGAGCCAACCACCUUCUAAAACUAACACUACAAAGGCCUAAGCUGUGUGUUCUGUUUCCAGGUCCAAACCAGAGAAAGAGAACCAUGGCCUCCUUGAAAGGAAGUUCAGAAUCUGUAUACAUGCUAUAAACAGGAUGUUUAAAUCGGAAUAUGUCAUCUGAAAAGUUUACCCCUACCAUUGCAGUUCGACUGGUAUUGUAAUAUCACUGAACUCUUCUGUUUCCUUUGUGUGAUAACCUAUCAAUAUCAAUGAAAGAAAAAAAGUAUGUUUUUAAUAUAUGGGAGUUGCAAUGUUUCUUUUCCAACUUAUACAUAUUUACUAUUUGCCGUGGUGGGAGUGCGCUGGGUGUUUUUAUUCAUGAUUACUUUAUGUUUUGCUCCUUAGAUGGGAUGAAAAUUAGCAUGAUCAAUUGUAACAUUUAGAACAGUCUAUUUUUAGGGUUGUUAUUCUGCAACUUGAUUUUCUUUUUUUUCUCCAGCAUUUUGGCUAUUUCCAUCCCAAAUGCCUCUUCACCAUGUGAACCUUGUUAUUUGCUGUAAAUAUCCAAAUUGUUUCUAUUUUUGCUGUCAUAGACAGUUUUCUACAUGUUGUGCUAAGCAUGCAACGAGGGAAGAUCUUAACACAGCACGGCUUACGAGACAGAUGAACCCCAUCCCGUUCUUUUGUCUUCUGAAAAGGUUUAUUUUGAAUUGCGUAAUGUUGAAAAUGUUCACCAUAUUCACUGCAGAAAAAAAAUCACACUGGUUUGUCAUGGUUAGAUUAUAAAAUAUCAACAUUUUGGAUUUGAGGAUUCAUUUUAUUUUUAAACAUGAUGUACAUACUUUACGAAGAAAGAAAUAUGUAACACAAGGGUAAGCAUGUUUACAUUUCUAUGUUUUAUUUAUCCAGAUUAAAAUAUUAUUUGGAAAAUAAA